AUGCUGGAGCAGGAAAAUCCUGGAAGCAAAACGAAUGUGCAACUAGAUGCUUUGCACAGGUUUGAGUAUCUGUUUGUUGCUUUGGGAGCGAGCAUUGAAGGGUUUCAAUGGAUGAGGAAAGUGAUAGUUGUGGAUGCAACGUUUCUGAAGACUGUAUAUGGUGGACAGCUUGUGUUUGCCACUGCUCAAGAUCCUAAUCAUCACCAUUACCCUAUUGCCUUUGGGAUAAUUGAUAGCGAAAAUCAUAGUAGUUGGCCAUGGUUCCUGGAAAACCUGAAAGCUGUUGUACCAGAUGAUCCUGAACUCGUUUUUGUUAGUGACAGACAUAAAAGCAUCAUAUAUGGAGUCUCGAAGGUCUAUCCAUUGGCUCGCCAUGUACACUGUAUUUGGCAUCUGGCUCAGAACGUAAAAGGGCAUGCUCAGCAAGGUGUUAAGAAAGACGAUGUUGUUGAUAAGUUCAUCAAAUGCGCUCAUGCUUAUACUGGGUCUGAGUGUAGAAAGGAGUUUGAUGAGUUUACGAAGAUGUAUCCUGCGUGUGCUAAUUUUUUGGUUAAGAGGAUAGAUAUGGAAAUGUGGGCAAGGUGCGUUUUUGAAGAAGAUAAGUAUAACUUAGACACCAGCAAUUUUUGCGAAUCUGUGAACAGUGUGUUUAGGAAAGACAGAAAGUUGUCUCUCUUACCAAUACUUGAUAAGUUAAUAGAGAAAUUCGCUUUUUGGUCCAGCAAGUAUAGGAUUUGUGUGUGGGUGAUAUGA